AUGAAUAAUCCACAAGCUGUUGACCAACCUGCCCAAGUCGUUGCCCCUGCUGGUGCUCUCCCUGCCGAUGCUCUCCCUGUCGAUGCUGGUGAACCUCCAGUUGAGGUUGUUGUUGAGGUACCUCAUGCCCCUGCUGGUGCUCUCCCUGCCGAUGCUCCGCUUGCUGGUGCACCUCAAGUUGAGGUUGUUGCCGCCCCUCUUGUCCCUCGUCAGAUAACAGUGAACUACGCCAACAUUAACUUUUACGUUGCUGUCAACGGCAACAUAAGGUACGAAGACCUAAGGGAACGUAUACUCCAGAGUCCCCUCAGUGUGAGCUUGCACAACUUGCGCAAUCUCCAAGGUUGUGUCAUCGAGUACCGUCCAGCUGCUGUGAAUGCUGCCGUGGUCAACUCAAACGACCAGAUACCAGUUGGUACGAACCACGUCUACAUCACAGAGCCACCUGUGAGGAUAUUCAAGACAGAUGCUGAUGCAACUCCAACAAAGACAUUCCGUCAAGGUGUGUCAUGGCAAACAAUCGAGAAGAACAUGCAUCUGACCAGUGGUGGCCUCCGAGUUAGACAUGUGGGUGAUGCUGAAUUGCAACCAGACAUUGCCGAGUCUCCUUAUCCAGCUGGAGAUUACACUUUGGUUGAAGCAAAGAUGGAUACAAGGGCCAAGAGGCUGGCAACCAGAGUGCCUCCCAUUGUGACUGCCCUUGUUGCAAUUACAGCACUGAUUGUAUCCAUUAUUGCACUCAAGAUGAAGAACAAGACACAGGGUAAAUAA